GAGCAAGGAAGAGGAGUAUAUGUCAGUAUAAGGCGUCUAUCUUAAGUAAUAGCAGUGCCCAACUACUUUUAUGACCCUGCAAGGCACACAAACAUAAAUAACAGCAACUUAAAAGCACACUGUUUACAUUGAGUAGUCCUAUCUGUCGCUGUUCCUUUCAGAAUACACGAUAAGAUACACGACGGUCGUGUCCCCCAUCGUUUUGAUCCUAUUCCUGAAAGAACCUAGGAUGGAGGGUUAGGCGAAAGAAAUACCUGUAUCCCCAACUCAAACGUUUGAGAUACAAUUUACAGAUUAGUAGAUUAGACAUAAACAAUUUCUUUCCAAAAUUAAUUCGUGGUCAUCUGCUUUGAUUUUAAAUGAAAUUUAGAAUGUAAAUCUAAUUGCAAUAAUUUAAUAUCAAAAUUUGGCUGGAUAGACAGUGAGGUGGGAAUUUUUGGUAGAUAAAUUUAUAUUAUUGAGGUAUGAGCAAGGGUUUUAUUGUUAUACUUUAUUGGAAGCUUUCUUGACAAUCUUUCUCUGAUUACUGGAAAAGGUAGCCUCAGUUUCAACCCUUAAAUUCUCAUGAGUGACCAAAGCAGAUUUUCUCCUUACAUCUCCAAACUCUCAUUAAAAGAAUUGUAUGGCCAAUAGUAAGGAGAAUUACUAAUGAGAUCCUGAGAGUUGUGGGGUUGGUAGAUGCAGAGGAAAAAAAUUAAUUAUCCACACAAACUUCUGUAUGUUUGUGAAUUUAUGCUUACUUGCUAUGUUUUGACACAAAGGCGACUCAAUGCUGAAUUAGAGGAAAGAACUGCAAGUCUGAUAAAAGAAGCAGAGGAAGUGAUGGUAAUUUUGGAACCUUUACUGCAGUUAUAGUAUUAUCAUGUUACUGUAUGAUUCACCUAUAUAUGUCAGUCUGCAUUUUAUAUUUUACUGUUGAAGGGGAAUUUUUAAGUUUGGAUGGUUUCAAACUAUAUUCAUUUUCCUUUAUUUUCAGAUUAUGGAAAAGUAUGGUAUAGUAAAAUGAAUUUCAGUUCAAAAUGAUUUCAAACUUGUUUGAGUUGAUUUCUUAGGUUGACAUAUAGUAAUGUACUCCUUAAAAAAGACAACUGCAUUAUUUUUUAAGCACUCUGAAAUUAUUUUGAGCUGGAAUCAUUUUAAGCUGCAACACUUAUGUUAAACAAAGGAGAGCUCAAAAUUGAUUCAACUGUGUUUGGAGUAUCUUGACCCUAGACCCAUUUUGACCCAUGGGAUAUGUAUAACUGACAUUUUGAUUGAGUCUCCUUGUAUUUUGACAAUUUUAUUUUUGAAUGUUGAGCCUUGGCUACAACCCUGAUGAUUCCACUUCCAAAGACUUUAUACUUGAGUGAAAUUGGGAGUUCCACACUAUUCUGAGAUUUUUUAGACUCUUUUCCAUAUUAUCAAGACAAGAGUGGAAUUCCAAUCUCAGAAGUCACAUGAUUUUAUUACUUAAUCUGACAAAAGAAAGGUACAAAUGGGUUCCAGUGUCCUAUCUACAAUUAUUCCUUUGCUUGUUUAAAAGAUAGAACUAAAAUAAAAUAAAAGAAACUGCAUGGAAAAGUACUGUAAGCCUUACCUUCUCAAUGAAAGAAAAGGAAAAAAGUUCCUAAACCAUAUUUCAACAUUUAUGGAAUAGAAAGUUAUGCCCCCAAUUCACAUAACAGAAGAGACCUCUUUCAUUGAAAUUACAGUGUGGCUAAGGAAAUUAUGUUUAACUUAAUUUGAAGCACUUCCCUUGCACUAUAAGGUACAUGUAGGUGCAUGUAGGUGCAUGUAGGUGUAUAUGUAGGUGCAUGUAGGUGUACAUGUAGGUGCAUGUAGGUGUACAUGUAGGUGCAUGUAGGAGUACAUGUAGGUGCAUGUAGGUGUACAUGCAGGUGCUUGGAGGGCAAAAAUAGAGAGAGAGGGAGAAAGGAAAAGGAAGGCAGCUCCCCUGCAACAAGGACAUCACCAUGGCAACCAAACCAGAACCCACCCCCAUGCACCUUUCAUCACAAAGCUGACAUACACCUGUACUGUCAUAGCAAAAUGAAGUGGUGUCCCUCUGGGCCCCCUCUCCAUCACAUGUGUAAAACCGCUGCCCAGCUUAAAUUGAAUUUUACCCCCAUCUUAGAAAGAAUUAGAGAUACCUGUAGUUUGAAUUUACAUUUGACAAGUUUUGUUUUUUAUGGAUACAUGCCAGCAUGACCAAGAUGAGCUUCUUUCCAGACCUACUGCAACAGAAUUAUCAGAAAAUCUGGAGUAAGUAAAUUAGGGUGUGAGCAUUUGUUCCUAUAGUAUCUUUUGCUUGUACUUAUUAUUGUCUCUCCAGUUUUAAUGAAAAUAUUUGGGUGUAAACAAAACUGAAGGUAGAGUUAAAAUUUUGUUCAAAUCAAGGCAGGCAUUUCUGUUUUGUCAUAUUCAAGUAGUUAGUGCUUCAGACACGAACAAGUAGGAAUUGAAAAUGGAGGCUGGUGGUGCCUCUAGAGAACACUUAAUGAAUAUUUUUUUCCUUCUCAGAGAUCUGCUUCCAUCAAUGGACUUUUCGAAUGUGGAUAUACCAUCAUCAUCAGCCUUAAAACAGGUACCUUUUUGGUGCAUUUGCAAAUGUAUCUCCUCAUCACUGAUGUCACAAUAUUUUUCUCAACCUUAGUCAAUAUUUUAUUAUCUGUUUAUUUCAGAAACCUGUAGGCAGUAAAACAACCACGACACAGAUAAGGCCUGUGAGUAGUGCAGCAGGCAAACAGGGAAGUAGACCCACUUCAAGAACAAAGAAAACUAGGUAAACAUGGCCAAUGUGCUGCCUGUACCAUGCUCAGCUUAAUUAGCUUACAUAAAUAAACAUGACUAAGUGUUUUGAUGAUGUUUGAUCAAAGACUUCUUGUUGACAACACUAUUAUUUGACAAUGACCCAAUUUUCUGUAUUUAAAAAAAAAAUUCAACCUGACAUUAUAUAGCUCAAUAUUUUGCUCUGUCACUGAUUCAGCAGAUUGAAUCUUUAGUUUUGCUAGCAGUUUUGGCCAUGUACAGAGCACUUAAGCAUAACCCUAAGCAGAUCCAUAGUAGUGCCAAGUAGCAGAGUUAGCAUGCAUGCAUCCAUGCAAUCAGACUAUGCUUGAUAAUCAACUUUUAACAGUAUCAAAGCUGCAGACAGAUUUUUGAUGGCUAAAUUUCACAAUGGCUGGUAUGGUUUUAAAUGAACAAAAUAGCUAAAUUCAAUAGUUUAAAAUUUUCUUUACACACGGUGAGAUUGGGAGAAAACUACCAAAUUGUACGCUCUAUGUAGUGUUUAUAUUUUGCCACCUCAGAUGUUUUCAGUUGGCACAUUAGUCACAAAAUUGUUUGAUGAUGUUGGACAAAUAAAGGUACAUUUAAGAAGUUAUGUCUAUUAAGUUGAAAUUACAUCAACUUGCUGAUCAGCAAGCAAUUUCACAAAAUAAUGUACUUUUAGUAGAAUAUUUAGCAACAAGAUUUUACUAACUUACAAUAAUUUCUCUUUUGUAUCUCUACCUUAGGCCAAAAUCUAAAACAGCAUCAGCACCUGGAAGUGUACCUCACACUCCUGUACCCUCUGAUGACCCAAUUGAUAUGCUUCAGGAUAGGAUAACUCUGGCAAACACAAUCAGCACACUAGAGAAUGAAGCCCAAGACAAUAAUUAUACUACAACUACAACUGACAACAGUGUUUUGCCAGUUGGUGCUGAGGAGAUGGGAUCAGGUAAACAAUGUAUUCACCUUACAAAUGGAGGUAGAAUUUAGAUAAAUUUCUUCAUUAUUAUUUUUUUUGUCUUUCCAUGCAGACCAUUAACAAAUGAGCCAUCUUGAUAUCUCAUUUUGAGAGCAAGGGGUGCUGUUUAGACAAAUUUUCUCAGUAGAAACACUGUAUACCAUAACUUUGGACACAAUUUUCAAGGUUGGGAGAUCAUGGGAUCACGAGUAAUCAAUACUUGUUUUAAAUUUGUUUUUGUGGUUACUUUUACCACUGAUUUUAGCUGUUUAGCUGCAUUAGGGCUUAUUUAAAUAGAAACUUCUUUAACUAGAAACUUUUGAAAUGGCCACCAAUACAGCAGAUAAGGGCCAAGAACUCGGUUCCUAUGAGCUGAGUUAUGAUGUAUGUUAUAAUUGGUUUUACAAAGUUAACCUUUAGCCACUGGAUUAUCAUAGUGUCUCUAAUAAUAUCAAUACACUUUUUUGCAAUUGUAGAAGCUACAAUCAGGUUCCUUAAGGCAAAACUGAGAGUUAUGCAAGAAGAAUUAGACAGAGUUGUGGAGGAAUGUAACAAAAAGGUAAAAACAUGAAGUUGGUAUCCAAUAUUAUUUAAAGAGAUGCUUGGAUAGCUUGGAGUGCAGGCAUCUUGUUACAUUACAAAGUGCCACCCAUGGGAGAAGGGUGUCCCUUAUCUAUAGUCCAUCCCCCCUCCCCUUUGGCAAUUCUACCUCUCUCCUUAACCAAACCUAAACUAACUCUGCCCUAAACAUCCAAGAUGGCAGCCAAAUAUUUUGCAGGUAAAUACUUAUAACUGGCUUACCCAUGAUGUACAUACUCUACAGGCAAAUGUUUUGGACAAUGUCACUCUUAAUCACGCAAAAAGGGUGCAAAUGCCUCAAAUUGAUAUUAAAAGGCCAAAUAUGACAAACCUUUAGAAUAUUCCUGGUGAUCGUUAGCCAGAAAUCUCUGUACUCACUCCAUUUAAUAAGUGUGUUUCUCAGUGAUGUUAUAGAUUAUAUUUGUUGUGCAUUUGCAUCUUUUUUUUUUGCAAAGAGUGUUAAAUAGCCUCAAAACUUAUCUUAAAAGGUGGGAAGUGAAAAGCACUGGUAAUGUCCUCAGUAGUUUUUACCUUUUAAUAGUUGUACACACCCUACUUAAUGAGAGAAUCUCUUAAUGAUGUUUAAGUUAAAUUUGCAUCAUUCUGUGUCUUUUAGGAUGAGAAAAAAUCAACAAUAGAGAAGAAGGUCAAGGAACUGACUGAGGAACAGGGUAGAUUACAAAAAACAAAUCAGGGAUUACAGGUUUGUAGUUAGUCCAUCUGCAGCUACACCAUCACAAACCUCAAGCUAUGUAUGCAUUUAGGGUAACACUUUAUUUCUUUUCAUCCUGGUUUUUCAUCUUUUCCUCCUUUCAUAUUAGUAUGUCAAAAUGCCCAAUAACAAAGACUCUCUAACCCUGUUACUUCUAAGAAAGACCAAUUUGUCGUUUGUCUUUGUAACGUAAUUGGAUUCGUAAGAUACAGGGUGACACCAGUGUUCUCCCUUAUUUUAAGCAUGACAGGUAAAAUAAAUUUUCAAACCGGUAAAGCAAUCUUUUUACUUGUUGAAUUUUCAAGAAUUCCAAGCAAUUUUAAACGGUAAUAUGAGGUACUACGGACGGUAAAUGUGACCGGUUACUGCCUUAAAAGGAGAACACUGGGGUGAUGAGGGGAAUUUAAAGAUAUUCUUUCACUGAAUACUCUCAAACAAAGCUAACAGUAUAGGAAAUACGUGGCUUACAGUAAAUGCAAUUAGUAUCAGGAUUAUAGGUCAAAAGGUUAUAUUUUUCUUCUUAACUUAGCUCCAAAUGUUUGAGUGGCCACAUGCACUUAUCCAUACUUAGUUUCUACCUUGUACUAUCCAUAAAGCCCUCCUUACUUAAUUUAGAAACCAAAGAAUAUGUUCUUUAACAACAUUAUUAUCAGUGAGAAAGAAAAGAGAUUGUCAUUGUGCUUCCAUAGUCACAAAUUGACAAGUACAAAAAGCUUUAUGAUGAUUGCAAACACAAGAAUGAUGGACUUGAACAACAACUGGUGUCUUUAAGAAAGGUAACAUGUGGUUUAGUAUUACUGCUUGACUAGGAAAGAUGUUGCAUAAUAAAGUCACAAUGUCUUAUUCAGAGAGAGCCCGUAGAAUUCUUCCAGUUAUAUUAUUAGUGCUCUCUAAUUUAACAGUAGGUACAGUUUACUGCUCACUCGACUACCUCGAACGAAAUCAUAGUGUCAAGUAUUAUCUACUGAUAUUCCUUCGUUAACUGGAAACCAUGAUUUAACGUAUUUCCGCAAACUCGAACCAGUGAUCACACUUUGUUCAGGUCAUUUCCUUAAUAAGUUAACCUGAAACUGAGUAGUCAAAACAGACAGUAUCGUAGUGCAAAUUGAACUCGGAACUGUUUUGAAGCAGCUAUUUAUUUUUGUCCUAUAGUGCCAUUACACAAGACUUGUGGAAGGUAUUUCACUUUUUCCCAGUGUAAGGUUCACCCAACUGCAUUGAACUUUAUCUGAAGUGUUUUGCUCUGUAAGGGGUCAUUUUUCUUCUUUCCUGGUUCCUCUAAACCUUUCAGUUCAAUUCUUGAAGAUUCGAGUUACGGGAGUCGACACGCUCCAUCUUCGAGUGUACGUUUUAUAUGGACUAAGUGCCUGAAUGGCACAGUAAUUCUUAUUUUUAUGGCUUAGUGCACUAGAUUUCCAAUUUUAGUCAAACUAUUUUUUUUCUCAAUGGAAAUUAACUCAAUGCUCAGACCUAUCAUUUCGUAUGUAUAUAGGAUCUGGACUCAAUACAGAGAGAGCAAAAGCAGUCAGCUUCAAACAAAAAUGUCACUGAAGUAAGGUGAGAGUUCCGUAGAAAGAGUCCUUCAGCACUCCUUCAAAACGUUAGGAGCUUUAUACCCGAUGCCGAAUGCUAAGCGGAAACUCGAAGCGUUGGUUACUUAAACGAAGUCCAACCAAAAUCGCGGUUUUUAUGCAUUUAGUACACUAGAGAUUUAGAAAAGUUUUGAGUUUUAGCUGUAAGCCUUGUUUCAAAACACUGUUGCCAAAAAUCAACGUCGAGGUAAAACGUUAGGCCAAGUUGAAGACGGUUUACAGGUAGGUAUUUCUGCUAAAUGAAUGGAUGAACUUUGUCACAAAGUUCAUCCAUUCAUUUUACAAAAUGAUAAAUCAGCAUCCGUUCAUCCAUUGUCACGAAGUUCAUCUUUGUCUUUGAUCUUAACUUGAGCUAGCACUAUCUUGAUUACAGAUUGAAUCGUGCCCUCGAAGAAGCAGAGAAGUAUAAGACCGCCCUACAGAAAGCCAAGAGUCAGUCAAAGGUGAGUUUUAUCAUGCACUGGCUCAAUUGUUGUCUCGACAUUGCCUGUAAUUGUUUUGGUUUAUAGUCAGCCUCGUGAGAGAGAUACUAACUCAGCACACAAUAAGUACGUAUAAAUGUCCAAAUCCGCGCCCUUAAUUCCUUUGUGGAAAGUUUUUAUUCGUUUCUUUGUGUUAUUCUCUCUAAAUACAGGACUCUGGCGAACAGGAUAGGAAGCGCAUCGAUCAAUUGUUGGCCGAAAACAAACGCCUUGAGAAACAGAAGAACGAAUUGAUGGCUGGCUUUAAGAAGCAAAUGAAGCUCAUUGAUGUUCUUAAACGACAAAAGGUUGGUUCAUUUUCGGAAUUAAACAUCGUUGCUCCCUUUUUCAUUUGUGUCCACAUUUCAGUUAUUCCUCGAUCAGCUUUAUUUGGAGUAAGUCAUGACGCAAAAUUUAAAGUGCUUUUCCAUCUAAGUGCUACGUCCGUGUGCUUAGUUGACAAAGAAGUUUUUUUUCCCUUAAAGCAAGGGGACCCUUUAUUCUCCUUAUGGUUACAACUGUUUACAGGGAUGCACGCCUCUGAGUACCUUACAAUUCUGAAAGAGAUAGACUGCACAUCUUUUGCCAUCUGCAUGUAUUCCUCAGGUGUCUUGUGGUUUCUGUCCGUUAGAUAGAAUUAAUCCGUUUGGUUUCUUUCUAGAUGCACAUUGAGGCGGCCAAACUUCUCCAGUUUUCAGAAGAAGAGUUCGUUAAAGCCCUCGACUGGGGAAACUAGAACAAGAAGAACUGGUCGAGAGAAACAGUGCUAGAGAAAACACGACUGCUUUUUGGCUAGGGAAAAUUACAGUCGGUGGCCAUGGACAGUUUCGCUCUAGACUCAUAUUACGAUGUGUUCUUCAUUUCAAAACCUAAGUUAUUUUCAAACUUACAUUGCACAGCAAUAAACGUAUCAUAACGAUGUCUGGCCUUUGUGCUAUACACCCCACUUAGAGACUAGGAACCCGGCUAAUAGUGCUUACCACUAGCCUCACAUGAAGAAUGGGGAAAGCAAUUGAGAAUUUACUUCAGGUCGUCCAGUUUGGCAAAUACUAAGUACCAUGUGAUUAUGCUUGAACAGUUACUGUAAACUCUACACGCGUCAGAGAAAAGGACUCUAAUUUGCGUUGUUGAAGAAACGAAAAAAUUAUAAAUAUGUUUUUUUUGGGGGUCAAGAGCCCUGAGAUUUAUCAUAGAGAAAGGAG